AUGAUCAUAAGAAUCUGCCUAUUAACCACAUUACUCUUCAACUAUAUUCACACCCGACGGCUCACUGCCGUCCUGGUGCCGGAGCGGGGUAACGUGACGUCAUGGUCGGAUAAGUACCUGUAUUAUGCACGCGGGUAUGUAACCAGGACAAGCCGCAAGAGCCCAUACUACAUCAAUGUAGAGGGUAAAAUAAAACACACGUGGGGCAACAAUGUGACCGGAGAGUACCACCUACUCAACAUGACGAUACCAAUGGAUGAAUUUAAGUACACGAUACCGUUCGAAAGGUUUCGAUUGGAUCUUGAAAUCACACACACAGAUACAAAAGAGAGUAUGGCCACAGGUUACGGAUAUGGGAGAUUUAAACCUGCAUACACCGAUAAUUGA